CUAUGUCUCAGCGAUGGGCUUCGGGCAGGGACUGUUUGCCUUCCCUUCGUGUUCUUUCUCAGUCUCAGCGAUGGAACGGUGUCUCUCUCUCUCUACUUGCAAUUAUAGAGACGAUGUGUGGGAUUUGAGCACGCGAUGGGGCUUAAAAAAAAGUCCACUGCUAAACUUCAGAACGAUGAGGAAGAUUGUGAAUUUGGAUGAUCACAUUGCAUUGGCCUGUGCUGGGCUCAAAGCUGAUGCUCAUGCCUUGAUAAACAAGGUGAGAAUUGAAUGUCAAAGCCACCAACUUACGGUUGAGGAUCCAGUAACUGUUGAGUAUAUUACUCGCUACAUUGCUGGUCUUCAACAGAAGUAUACACAAAGUGGUGGUGUUAGACCGUUUGGGCUUUCAACUUUGAUUAUUGGCUUUGACCCAUACACAGGUGCACCGGCACUAUAUCAGACAGAUCCUUUUGGGACAUUUUCAGCCUGGAAAGCAAAUGCUACUAGAAGAAACUCUAACUCAUUACGUGAGUUUCUUGAGAAAAACUACAAGGAGGCAGCUGGGCAAGAAACCGUCAAGUUCGCCAUUCGUGCUUUGCAUGAGAGUAAGCUAACCUCAACAGUACGGCUGUCUUCACCUUUCUGUGUCCUCACUGUAAGGUUGUCCCAAAGCUUCCCUUAUCCAUUCUGUGGAAAAGUACUUUAA